AAAAAAAAAAAUCCAAUCCAUUUAGCUCUUUCAUCUUCUUGAUUUAUACAACUUCAUGUGUCUAAAACUAGAAACUUUUAGGCACAGAGGAAAACAAAGAAUUAAUCCAUAGCCAAAAAAAAAAAAAAAAAAAAAAAAAAGAGAAAGAAAGAAAUGGGGGACAGUGUUAUCGUUUUCGUGUUAGAAAAAUUAUUACGGUUGGUGGAGGAAGAGGCAACAGUGUUUGAUGGAGUGAAAGACCAAGUUACGUUGCUUCAGAACCAUCUGCGCAUGAUAAAUGCUUUUCUCCAAAAUUCGGAGAAGGAAAGAGAUGAAAAUGAUGUGGUGAAGGAGGUUUUCAUGGACCAAAUGAGAGAUGUUUCCCGUGAAGCUGAAGAUGUUAUAGACAAACACAUUAGUUAUGUGAAAAAGCAAAGCAUGAGAAAAUUUGUUGGGAACCCAUUGAAGUAUCGCGAUCAUGUGCAUGAUGUUGCAGAUACCAUAACAUCCAUCAAUAAGAAGAUCCAAGAGAUUCUUAAGCACAAAGAAACUUAUGUCACCAAAGCAGCCUUAUCUAAUCCUCAUGCUGGUGAUCAUCAUCAUCAUCAUCAUCAUCAUAAGCAAUAUUCACUUGACAGAAGCAAGUCAAAAAUUGAGAGAGAUGAUGCUGUUGGGUUUUCCCACCACAUGAAAACUUUGAUUGACCAGCUUCUUGAUCAAAACAUUCCUCAACGCGAUGUGAUUUCGAUCAUUGGCACCGGCGGCUUAGGAAAGACUAAGCUCGCAAGAAAGAUCUAUGACACCGUUGGUGCUCGCUCUACUUACUUUAAAUGUUGUGUUUGGGUUUACGGAUGUCGAGAAUUCAAACCCCGAGAUUGGUUGCUUUGCAUACUGAAUCGUAUGGAACUCCCCAAAGGAAAAAGAAAGAUUCAAGAUAUGUCUUUGGAUGAACUGAAAAAGACUCUGAUCGAGUGCUUGCAAGGAAAGAGGUAUUUUGUUGUCAUGGACAGCAUGUGGAAAACAGGGGUAUGGAACACCAUAAAAUCAGCUUUCCCUAAGGAUGAAAAUGGAAGUAGAGUUCUAAUUACAUGCCGCGAGAAAGUUGUAUCCAUCGAAGAUAGCAAAACUCCUCCUUACUUUUUGCCAUUUCUCGACGAUGAUGAAAGUUGGGAACUCCUAUGCAAUAACGUGUUUCAUGGAGCACAAUGCCCUGAUGAUCUCGAAACCAUUGGGAGGCAACUUUCUCAAAGUUGCAAAGGGUUACCACUUUCAAUUGUUGUAUUGGCAGAUCUUCUAAAGCAUGUUGAGCUUUCUCAUUGGACUUGGUCAAAAUACAUUGGAAAUGUAAAUUCCUACCUUACUGAGGAUAAAACCCGAUGCUUAGAUGUUAUGGCUGAGAGCUAUACACACUUGCCCGGGCACUUGAAAUCUUGCUUUCUUUCUCUUGGUUUGUUCCCAAAAGACUUUGAGAUUUCGGUGAGGCAAAUAACCGAAUUGUGGUCAGCCGAAGGAUUCAUUCAAGCAAAUGACACUAGAGAGGUGGUUAAUGUAGCUGAAGACUACUUGAUGGAGCUCAUUAAUCGAAGCUUGAUCCAAGUGGCGAGUAGAAGAACCGAUGGAGGUGUGAAGACAUGUCGUGUCCACGAUAUGAUACGAGAGCUCUCGAAAUUCGAGAGUGCCAGGGAGAAGUUUCUUGAGGUUCACUCAAAUAACAAUGCAAGGCCUAGUACUUCUUCAGUGAGCAGUAGAGCUCGGAGACUAUCCAUCCAUGGUAACACUUCUCAAUACAUUUCCUCAGAUGCAAAUUGUGAUGAAUCAUCUGCUCAUUCUUUGCUUCUUUUCGGUCAAAGAAACAUGUUUGAGACAAAACAUUGGCAAAAGAUUUUUAGAAGCUUUUUGUAUAUUAGGAUUUUGUAUCUUUGGGAAGUUCAUAUGAACUCUAUUCCCAAAGAGAUAGAUAACCUCAUUUACCUAAAAUACAUUAGGAUUUGGAGUGACGGAUUGCUAAAAAUUACAUCACUUCCGGCUACCAUAUGCAAUCUUGGAUAUCUAGAAACAAUUGAUAUAACUGGCUAUAUAAAAGAUUGCUUGCCAAAAGGGAUAUGGAGGUUGAAACGAUUAAGACAUUUAAGGGUGUCUAAACGUCUGAGGUUGCCUGAUCCUCCUAGAAGAAGAAGAGGUGAUCGACACGACCACACAUUGUCCAAUCUCCGAAUCCUUUCCGGUCUAGCUGUUGACAAGAAAACCAAGCUUCUCAUGGCUAAGCACAAAUUCCCAAAUGUGAAGAAACUGCAUUUGGUUUAUGACAUUAAGAAGAACAUGAACCAAGUACAGAUGGCACAGCUAUUGGAAAGCCUCGAGAAUUUAAAGCAAUUGAAAAGCUUGAAACUUACUGGUUUCGCAGAAUUCGAAUCUCGUCCCAACUUGUUCCCGUCAACACUGGACAAGAUAACAUUUGUGAGUUCGUAUUUGGAGUUGGAACACUUCAAGAUCCUAGCAGGCCUCUCCAACCUUCGGAUCCUCAAGAUGAGAAAAACAUAUGGAUCAUCAAGCAUCCUUAGUUGCUCCAAUGGUGACUUUCCUAAUCUUGAAUUCUUUGAAAUGACGAGUUUGAAUAUUACAUCAUGGGAAUUGGAGAAAGGUGCAAUGCGAAACCUUCAACGUUUGGUUAUCAAAGAAUGUUAUGAACUCAGAAAUCUAUCAAAUGAGCUUUACAGCCUGCCUAAACUGCAAGUCAUAGAGGUUUCACGGAUGUCUGGAUAUUUUACGAGGUUGCUCAUGGAACUAAAUACCGAGGAUGCAAAGUUUAAGCUCGUAAUCGACUCUAAUCCUUAGACAUAAAUGGUAAUGGAAUUUGUGGCCGUUGACUCUGAAUGGAUGGAGGCAUUUGAGAUAAAUCUAAACCAAGCUCUCCGUUUUAAAAGAAAGGACACAAAAGGAGCUGCAGUUGUCAAAAAGAAGAUACAUAUAAAAGGAGCUGUGGUUGUAGAAGAAGUAGGAUCAGUACGUCUCUUUCUCUGUUUCUUAUAUUAAUGAUAGAGUCUCUCUCUCUCUCUCUGUGUUCUUUGUUUUGUGUUAUUGUGUAUGGUUUUGAGCACUGGUGGACCGUUGGUCGUUUUGAUAAACGAAGCUUAAUAUUCCUUGUUUGACAAUCAUUAAUGAGUUCUAGGUUUAAAGUUUUGUUAUAGUUGUUAUAAGAUUUCCCUUUGCUUACAUAUAUUUUUCUUUUGGUUUGGAUUUAGGGUGUUCGAGAGUGGUGUCGGUUGCAUAUUUGUGCGGCUCGACCAUUCACUAUUAUAUAUUGUCAACAAUGCAUAAAACCAAAAUAUGAUCGUGUUAUAAUAAGGAAGCUGAAGUUGUU